AACAUAACCUUUGAAACCUCCACCUAAAUUUUGUAAUUUCCUAAACAUGUGCAAGUAAUCAUUACUUAGUAAUGUCAGUUUUUGAAAAUGUACAACAAUGGUGCAAAUAGAAGAAUGCAACAUUUAUUUAGGAUUUUAAAUAACGCAACGCCCAGUAUUAUAUGCAAUAACUUAAGAAAUUAUGUUUCAAAGGAUACUGUUGCUAUUGGUAACAUAAUCAAAGAAGUUACCGAAGCAAAAAGACCAGAAUAUGUCCCUAAAUGUUACAAUAAAAACGAACUUUCACAAAGUACGUUGCAUCAUUUAAGAUGGAUGAUGCAAAAGGAUUUAUUGGGCCAAGAUAUAUUUUUACUUGGGCCUCCAGGCCCAAGAAAAAGAGUGCUUGCAAUGCAGUAUUUAGAGUUAACUAAUCAAGAACAUGAAUAUGUAGCCUUAAGUCGAGACACAACAGAGUCAGAUUUAAAGCAACGACGAGAAAUAGUAGCAGGGACUGCCAAGUAUUUUGACCAAAGUGCUGUUAAGGCAGCCACCGAAGGUAGAAUUUUAAUUCUUGAAGGAAUUGAAAAAGCGGAGAGAAAUGUGUUACCAGUUUUAAAUAAUUUACUUGAAAAUAGGGAGAUGCAUUUAGAAGAUGGCAGACUUUUGAUUCCAGCAUCACGGUAUGAUCGGUUGUUGGAUGAGUAUGGAGAAGAAGAACUACUAAAAUGGAAUUUAGUGAGGGUUAAUGAAAAUUUUAGAGUUAUUGCACUGGGUUUGCCUGUGCCGAGAUAUAGAGGAAAUCCUUUGGAUCCACCAUUGAGAUCCAGAUUUCAAGCAAGAGAUGUCAACAUAAAUAGCUAUCAGGAAUGGUACAAACAUCUGCAACAAAUAGCACCAAAUGCCCCAGGGGAUAAAUUGGACAGAAUAUUAUCAUGUGCCUUUGCACUUUUAACCAAGGAAAGUUUGGCCUUGGGUUUGCCUGAUUUUCCUAUAUAUAAUCUGGAAAUUGCUGCAAAGAUACUGGAGCAAAACCCUUCCCUUACUCCUUACGAAAUAAUCUACCGACUUUACCCAUACAAAACUUUCAUGAAAGAUGGUGUAAACCAUUUAGAAAACUUGCUGCAAAAAUUUGACGUCAUUCCUCCAAAAGAUGGCUUACUGAGCAACAUGACCAACAAAAUCAGUGCCUUGCUAAAAACCCCGCCUAAAGAAAAACAGGAUUACAUCGAAACCAAUUACCAAAACGUUCUUCUAAACGAAAUGCUGUCAACUGCUAGUGUAGCAGAUUUUUGCCUGGUAGGGGCAAGCGGUUGCGGAAAAACUAUGUUGGUAAAUAAAUUGGGCGAAAUUUUGGGUAAACAAACCGAAAACAUCGUUUUGUACCAAGAUAUGACUUCCAGAGAUUUAAUCCAACAAAGAACAACGCUGGAUAAUGGGGAUACAGUUUGGACUUUUUCACCGCUGAUCAACGCUGCUUUGGAGGGAAAAAUUGCCGUUUUGGAUGGAAUAAAUAGAAUACAUCCUAGUACACUAUCAGUACUUCAUAGACUAGUUCACGAUAGAGAACUUCAGUUACACGAUGGGAAAAGACUCAUGGGCAGUGCGCAAUACAACGCCUUGCAAAAAGAAAUGGGCCUCUCAAGAAUGGAGCUAACGGAAAGAGGCAUUCUUGAAAUAAGUCCAGAUUUCAGGAUGGUCGCCAUAGGAGAACCUCCUUCCGCUCAGUCCGUUACCGGAAACUGGAUGUCGCCGGAAGUCCUAAGUUUGUUUGUCUUCCACGAAAUGAGGAUGCUAAGCAAGCAAGAGGAAAUGAACAUUAUAACUUCUUUGCACGGCCCCAUGUCAAAAAAUUUGCACAAAAUCAUAGAUUUAGCUCACAUAUUAAGAAAUCAUCCAGAUGCUACCUUAAGAAAUCUUGCAGGUCAUUUAUCUACAAGACAAUUGCUAAGAAUAUCAAACCGAAUGAAACAUUUUAAAAUUGAUAACAUCUAUGAAACAAUGCAAGAAACAUUUAUGAUGCAAUUUUUGCCAUCACUGACCCGACAAGCCUUAGAAAAAACUAUUGCAAAACUAAAUAUAGUACCAGAUUUGACGGAUAGGAAUAAAAUGGUAAAGUGUGAGGUAAAAGAUGGAGUAUUAACCAUCGGAAAAUCAUCAUGUGCUGUCUAUAAGGCCAGUAAUCAGUCCAAGGUACCUAAUAUAUUGUUCCACGAUGUACCACAACAUAUUAAGUUGAUGGAAAAAAUAUUGCAAGACUUUGAGUUGGGACAACAUUUACUGCUAGUGGGUAAUCAAGGUGUUGGUAAAAAUAAGAUCGUCGAUAGGUUUUUACAAUUACUAAACCGCCCCAGAGAGUACAUACAACUACACAGGGAUACCACAGUACAAACUCUAACCACCCAACCAACGGUCAAAGACGGUCUUCUGGUUCAUGAAGACUCACCCUUAGUAAGAGCCAUCAAACACGGUCUUGUUCUUGUCAUUGACGAGGCCGAUAAAGCUCCGACUCACGUAACAUGCAUCCUUAAAACGCUAGUGGAGUCGGGGCAGAUGAUCUUGAGCGAUGGCAGAAGAAUCGUGCAUCAAAUUAAGCAGGGUUUGGACGCGACGGACCUCGUACCGAUACAUCCAGAUUUUAGGAUUAUCGUUUUGGCCAACCGGCCAGGGUUUCCCUUUUUGGGUAACGACUUUUUUGGCGCUUUGGGUGAUUUGUUUAGUUGCCAUGCCGUUGAGAAUCCCUCCCCGGAUUCCGAGAUUAAUUUGCUUAAGCAGUAUGGGCCUAAUGUACCGGAUAAUGUUAUAAGGAAGUUGGUUGAUGUUUUUGGUGAUCUGAGAGCUAUGGCGGAUCAAGGUUUGGUGAAUUAUCCCUACUCCACCAGGGAGGUUGUGAAUAUAAUCAAACAUUUAGAGAAAUUCCCUAAUGCAGACAUAGAAGACGUUAUCUUCAAUAUAUUCGAUUUUGAUAAGUAUAACCCGGAAAUUGUGGACACUUUGGGUGAAAUUUUGGUUAAACAUGGCUUCUCCGAUAAAGAUAUUUUGACUUCCGAGUACAUUGGUGCCAAAAUGGCAAGGGAAAAUCUUCAGAUAACUGUUAAGUCGAAGAGUGGCAAAGACGUAUCUGCUCCCAAACAUGGAAAAGAAGACCCAAACAAUGACCCUCAUGUUGGGGGCAACACUUGGGCUGGAGGCACAGGGGGAAGAGACACUGCCGGAUUGGGGGGCAAAGGGGGUCCCUAUAGGUUGGAUAAAGGACAUAAAGUUCAUCAGCUAUCUGACGAAGAAAAAAGCACAGUACCCGAGCAUGUGCAAAGGGCGGCGCGCGAAAUGGGGCGCAAAGCGUUCGAGGAAAAGCUAAAGGAAAUCGGAAUGAGUGGAUAUGACGCCAGCGUUUACUCGCAAUUUUCCAACGCAGUGCACAAAGAGGUGCAAUCUUUAAAGGUGAUACUCGGCAAUCUACAAGCUAAAAACAAGGAGAGACACUGGACGAGACACCAGACAUCUGGAGAACUGGAUGAUGUGAAGUUAAUUGAUGGCCUCUUGGGAGAAAAAACGAUAUUUAGGAGAAGAGCAGAGCAAGAACCAGAGCUAGGAGCACCACAGAUAAAACCAAAGUUAUUUAGGGUAGUAGUAGAUGUCUCUGGUAGUAUGUACAGAUUUAAUGGUUACGAUGGAAGAUUGGACAAAGAACUUGAGGCUGUGGUAUUGAUGAUGGAGGCUUUGGAAGGUUUCGAGGACAAAAUUAAAUACGACAUUAUUGGCCAUUCUGGAGAUUCCCCUAAUAUUAGUUUUGUGAGAAGAGAAAAAAUACCAAAAAAUAAUAAGGAAAGACUUGAAGUUAUAAGGACCAUGCACGCUCAUUCCCAAUUCUGCUGGACAGGGGACCACACUUUAGAAGCUACGGAGAUGGCCGUCACAAACUUGGCCGAGGACGAAUGUGACGAAGCCAUUUUGGUAGUUCUCUCAGAUGCCAAUCUUCAGAGAUACGGUAUACCACCGUCGCAGCUCGCAGCUGCCCUAACAGCUAAACCUAACGUUAGCGCAUAUGUGGUGUUUAUUGGAAGCUUAGGGGACCAAGCUGAAAGGAUUACACAAAAAAUGCCUGCCGGACGGGCAUUUAUAUGCAGUGAUACCAGUGAACUACCACACAUUUUAAAACAAAUAUUUACUUCCUCUGUCAAUAUAUAGAGUUGUUUUUUUAAAUUUAAAUAGAUAAUUUUUUUAAUAAAAAUGUUUUACUUUUAAUUAAAUAUUUC